AUGUUCGCCCCAGCGUUUGACCAUUCUUUCAAUGACUUAUUCAACCAAUACGUCAACUCAGACCCCUCUGCUAGUGGUGACGGGAGCAAAGACGUCCACUUUGGCAGUGACUUUGACCAGUUCUUCUCUGUGGGCCCCUUUGCCAGUGACUGUGGCGAACUUUCACCCUCUGAAUCCAAGCAUUUCCAACAACCAUCACCGCAAAGUUGGCGUAAGGAUGCAUGGACAGUACAACAAGACUCCUUAAAUGAUUUUCAGUUACAUCAGCCCAGACCUGUCCACGACACAGUGCAACCCUCUGAGGUUGUCUCUGGCUUUAAUGCUGUAAGCCUUGAAGAGUCGUCUCCCGAAGCUCUUGGUCUCUUGUCUACAUCGCCAUCCUCUCCUCCAGUGACACCCAGUCGCAAAGUCCACUCUAAGAGCGCUCCAAUCACCCCUAAAAACGCCCGCGUACGGAAAGCGAAUGAUCUUGCUACUCUGCAUCGCAAACAAAGCUCCUCUCCAAGCUUGAUGCGCUCAGCGCAUCUUCAGAGGUCGAAAAUGGCAUAUCCCGAGAAUUGGUCUGCUCGAUUGCAGCAAUUUAACAGCCAGUUGCGUGGUGACGAGCGACUUCCAGUAUCACCUCCGCCAUCAGAUAUCCUCGUUCAAAAUGAGAAUAUGCGACGUGACAGUGGUAUUCACCUCAAUUCGAGCUCAGAGAACCUCUUGAGAGAUUCAGCAGAUUUCUCUCCUCACUAUGCAUCAGCCAUGUAUGCCAACAAAUUACAGCAGCAACAAGCUAGCUUUAUAAACCAGAACAGCUCAACGCCACCCCCUGUGGAUGACAUCUUUCAGACAUCGUCAUCGUCGGACUCACAGCAGUUACACGCGUGGCAUGCAGACGCCCUUGCGUCUUCCUUCCAGCUGACAUCUGACCUUAAUGGCAACGAUGGUCACUGGUGGAGCUCACCAUUACCGACGCGUGUUUCGCAGCCUCAAAAUCAGAACUCAUACCUUGUCUCUUCCCUUGGCCACAAGCCGUCUUUGAAUCCCACAAUCCAACACCAGCAACAAAACCACCAAGACUUACUCCAAGGGGGUCUCAUGAUAGAUUUCGGCUCAACGUUCGAUCUUGGCGCGAAUCCAGAUGCUUUCUCAUCUGCGGCACCCUUACAUUCCACAACCGCGACGCACAUUCCCACAACCUCUCAUCAACAACCCACGUUCUCGCAUCAUCCUUACAUAUCGGCAACGCAGCCCACCCACCAACAACAACAACAAUUUAUCGCGAAGCCGUCGCGCACUCCGUCACUAUCUCCUACAAACAUGGCAUCACCCAAAUCGCACGCCGGGAUGAAGAACACCACCCCACGACGUACCCACGUCCGGAAGCUGUCUUCCAACUCUACGUCAGCCCCCAAGCCUGUCAAACUUAACACUCCAACCAAGGGCGGCAAGGGGUCAUCAAGCGUGUCAUUUGUCAACUUCACACCAAAUGACAGCAAAAAGAUCCUUACAGGCGUUGCACCCAGCGGCAGCUCCAAGACAAAGGCUCGCCGAGAGCAAGAAGCCCGUGAGAAGCGCAGAAAACUCAGCGAGGCUGCCCUUCUAGCUGUCAGGAAUGCUGGCGGCGACGUUGAGGCUUUAGAAGCCGUACUAUGCUAA